AUGGCAGAACCUAUUUUAUACAGCUAUGACUUCAGUCCGUAUGCCUUCAAGGUUCGUUCGGUUCUCUCGCUCUUGAACAUCAAGUACAAAGUUGUCCAGGUGGAUAUGGUCAUGCCACGACCAGAACUGGAAGCCAUCGGGGUCAACUAUAGACGCAUUCCAAUUUUGGCAGUGGGCAAGAACAUCUACUGUGAUUCGCAAAGCAUCAUUGAGUAUCUGCUAUCUCGGGAGGACGCCAGGUCUAUUGUGCCAGCAGGCAGUGAAACGAGUCAAUUGGGUCUCAAAGUCCUUGGUGACUUGAUCUUCCGUACCACACUAUCAACAAUGGAUCCGUCUGGAUCGCCACCUGCGUUCAUCAAAGACCGAGCAUCAGUUUUCCCGAUUCUUGCAUCUGGAACGCUUGAGAAGGAUCCUUCAAUUAGGGAACAUGCCAUUGCUGAAGUCCAGAGUCUAUUCACCGCGAUACAAGAUACUUUUUGCAGUAAUGGCAAGAAAUGGGCAUUAGGAGGCGAUGCACCGUCACUUGCAGAUGCGCAUGUCGCUUGGGCUGUUCGCUUCGUGAUCAAGGGCAUCAAAUUGGACCAAAAGGAGAAGGUACUCAGCAAGGAAGCACUACCAAGACUACACGAUUGGCUAGAGCGAUUUGAGCAGGCACUGGAUCUGAACACCCCCACCUUGACUGGGGAUGAAGCCAAAAAGGUUGUAUUCGAUGCAGCAUCUCCUACGACUCAAGGCCUAGGUGUUCAAAAUGGCCUAGGUGGCUUCCAAAAGAAUCAAAAAGUAUCUGUGUCACAAAGCGACGCCGACCCAACACACCCUGUCGACGGCCAACUCCUCGCACUAGACGCCAAGGAGUUAGUUGUUGCGCUGGACAAUGGACUGCAUAUUCACUUCCCGCGUCUCGGUAGCAAGCUGAGUAAAUUGUAG